AUGAGCUAUAAUGUCAAAAAAUACCUUAAAAUGCAGGAAAUAUAAUAAGAAAUAAAGGAUAUGAAAGAAGUAGAAUUUUAAAAUAAAUUGAACAGACAUAAAACGAGACAAAGCAUAAUAUCUGAAUGCUUGGAAAAACUAAAACAAUAAACACAUCUAACGCAAGAUGAAAAAGAAGACAAUAAAAGAUUCGAAGGUUUAGAGACUUAGAUUUAAUAAGAAAUUAAGUAGACAUUAGAUGAAUACGAUAGAAGGAGUCUUAUAAGAUAUCAAGCUGAGAGAAACGUUAAAGAACAAAUAUUAUGUGUAAGAGAUUACUUAAAAAGAACAGGAAUUAUAGAACAAAGUAAAAGAGAAAUAUAAAAUUAAUAAAUGUAGUAUGUUUCUCCUAUUCUGAAUAUGAAAAAGCUAGAUUUAGCUACUGAAAUAUCCCAAAAAAGAUAAUCUAUUUCAAACGAUAUUAAAUAACUAAAAAUGUAAAGAGAUGAAGCCAAAUCAAAUAUAGCCAGAUUAAGAUAAGAGUCUACAUUGUCAGCCAAAAAUCCACUUUAUGAUAUCAAAACAGAAGAAAAUAUCUCAUUAAAUUUCUCAAAAGAAUCAUUAACUAACAAUAGAUAAUAAAUGGGUUCUCUUGUUAGUUAAAGUAGAUUUUAGAAUUUUAGCUCUAAUUUUUCUAAUAAUUACAGCAAAAUAUUAUCAAAUAAGAACUUAUAUAAUUGA